CCCCCCUCCAGGAUCUCAUCCAUCUCAGAGAUCGCAACUCCCGUCUGUGUAUGUCUCAGCCAUCCGCGGCAGAAAAGCCUUCGCUGCAGGGGGUCCGCAUCAAAGCCAGGAAACGCGCCGUCAAAGCAUCGGCCAAGCACGAGCCCACAGUAUUCCGCGACCAACUCUACAAGCACCUCGAACCCGUCCCGCAAGGCGACUUUGACGGCUUUGCGACCAAACUCAUCCAAGCGGGAUCGACGCUUGAAUAUAUCAAGUAUGCAGACGUUCUCUUCGAGCUCCUCCUCGUUGGCGGCCUCCUCCAGCCGGGCGGCAGCUACCUCGACGAAGACGCGCCGUCGUCGCCUUUCUCUGUCUUCCGGGCCAAGGAACCGGCCGAGGUGGCUGACAUGAAAAACUAUGUCGAGGUCCUCAACAAACUCAUCAGAAGAUACAAGUAUCUACAGAAGCCGCUCGAGGAGCAAUCGCUCCCUGGCCUCCUCCAGUAUAUCCAUCGCUGGACGCCCGAGCAGAGAGAUAAGCUCUCCAUCGCGAUUGGACUCAUGCUGGCCACAGGCCUGGCCAGCGCCAGCUGCCUACAGUCCCUGACCAAGGAUCACCUUGUCAAGAAUGACGUUGCGUCGAACGUGCUUGUCACCAUCUUCAAGGCAUACCUAUCGGAGCAGUCCAUGGACCACCUCGCCACUGCGCUUCGCAAGGGCGGCGUGCGCGACCUGCUCGCCUUCUUCCCGCCCAAUAAGCGCGAGGAUAAGAUGCUCGACGAGCACUUCCGCCAGGCUGGCCUACCGCAGGUCGCCGAGUGGUGGGUCAAGAAGCGCGCAGCCGUUGCGCGCGAGACGAUUAUCGCGGAACUCAAGGAGCGCUGCGAGCAUGGCGAAUCGCCUGAGCAGCUCGUCGAGUUUAUCAAGAGCAGCCAGGAGGAGCAACCGCUACCUGAAUCGGAGCUCGUCGCGUGCAUCUGGCAAGGCUUCGUGGCCAGCAUCGAUUGGAGUGCGCGUCCCGACCAGAUUGAAGGUCUCGCCAUGCGCGAGGUGACGAAAUACGCUCCUGUUCUUGAGCCAUUCUGCAACGGUGCCAAGACCGAGGUGGCGCUCAUCAACGUCGUUCAGACGUACUGCUACGAGCAGACGAAGAUCAUGAAGGCUUUCCCGAACAUUCUCAAGGUGUUGUACAACAAGGAUUGCAUCUCGGACCAGGCCAUCAUCUACUGGUAUCAGAAGGGGUCGAAGCCUCAGGGAAGGCAGCACUUCUUGAAGGCUACCGAACCGCUCGUGAAGUUCCUUCAGGAACAAGAGGAGAGUGACGAAGAAGAAUGAUCUCCAAUUGUAUCCCCGUACAUCCGAACGUGUCCUCAUUUCACUGCCGUGUUUCGUCGUUGUUUCGACCGCUGAUGAUUUGCCGGUGUAUGCCACACAGUUAAACAUACUUACGAUUAUUAUUUUAUGAGGAACUGCUCUUGCC